AUGGUUAAAACACAGUGUUCGAAGAAGCCACAAGAAUGUAAUGCUUGUGAAACAGAAGAACCAAUAAUACUAGAAACAUUUAACGCAAAUGUCAAAUCUCAGUUACCGCCAAUCAUGCAAUAUUCAAUAGCUCGCCAAAGUGAGAUUAGUUAAAAAUCUAUACCCUGAAAAAAGUUCGGCUUCUGUUAUUCGACUUUCUGUUUCGUCCAUCUUAUCUGAGACGCUUAUUACUGCGAGCUGUUCCUCCGUCUUAUUUCUGUAAUUGACGAAAAAGUCAUACAUCUCUUUUUUUUUGCCACGCGUAUAUGAAGAACAAUGAUCUCUUAAAAAAAAAUUUGUUUUUUAUUUUACUUUCUCACUAUAACUGCUGAUAUGGUCAGUACUUGAGAUGCUUUCACGAUCCUUCACCAUAACUACCCUUCAACUGCUAAUAAUACAAAUAAGAUGUAAAAAUAGCUCACAUUGGGAGAAGAUCGACAAGUUUGUUCGUCUUAAAAUAAAACAGCAUUAGUCGGUUGAGAAGUAAUCGGUUUGAUUCGUCUUAAUAUAAGACAGAUCAACUCUAGUAUUUCAAAUAACAAGGCAUUCCAAUUUAUGCCCUGUUAUUUUGAUACGAAUCUUUUCAGAGAGUACUAUACUGCUAUAACACGUAGAAAUACAAUGUACGAUAUUAGAGGGUAUUUCUAAAAGACGCAAACACCCCCAAAGUAAAAUCUGAGUUAGCCAAUCGAUAGAGCUCGUCGCGUUGAGUAUAGCAACGCCUAACGAACAUCCAAAAAAGUUUUUAUAGUUUCGCUUUUUAAGCAUACAUUUUCAAUCAACAUCCACGAAUACCCAAAGCGCACCCACAAAAAUCCAGAAGAAAGGGUAAGAACACCCAAAAAGUGUGCCAAAUUCAUAACCAGGGUGUUGUAAGCCGUCGGGUAGGCGGAGGGGGAGGUACUGAUA